AUGACGGUGGGGACAGAUCCCUUCGAUUUUGAGUCCAAAACCUACUUGCUAACAGUGGACUACUAUUCGAAGUUUAUUGAAGUCGACAGGCUACAAGACAUGGGAAGUAAAGCAACCAUAGAAGUACUGAAAGCACAGGUCAGCCGACAUGGCAUACCUGAUGUGAUCCGAAGUGACGGGGGUCCGCAGUUCGCUUCAAAGGAUUUUGCAAGAUUCUGCAAAGAAUACGGCAUUGCCCACAAGACUUCGAGCCCCCACCUUCUCGGUGCCAAUGGUGAGGCCGAAAGAGCGGUGCAGACAGUAAAGCGUCUCUGGAGGAAAGCCGCUGAUAUGCAACUCGCCCUCCUGGAUUACAGGACAACCCCACUGGAAGGAGUCAACCUGUCACCAGCACAACUACUGAUGGGCAGACGCCCGAGAAACAAACUCCCCUCUCUUCGUGACCUACUCACACCCACAGCAUACAACCGUCAAGACGUCAUGCACCGUUUAAACCAGCAGAAAGCAAACCAGAAAUUCUACCAUGACAGGAAAUCUGCAAGUGAUCUUUCCGCCCUUGUGCCCAGGUAG